UCAUUCGCUAGGUUGGCUCACUGUGGCUGUAUUCCAAGCCUGACCCGUUUGCCAGAAUUCUCUCAUGCUUGCUCGUACCGUAGGCUUACUUCCUGGAUGGGAGAAUGGGAUAUUUCCCGCAGUGCUUUUGCUAAACUCACUAUCCUUUUAAGUGAUGCAUUGAAAUAUCGAUGACUGGACGAUUUCUUGGUCAAAAUUUGACACUUGGAUACUUUUGCUGUAAUUAAACUGACUCUUAGUGCAAGGAUCAAUGUCCUUCGAAAAUGUAGCUUAGAGUAAGCCUGGUGCAUGUGGCCGAGUCUGUCAGAAUUUUUCCUUUGGUGCAUAAGACUAUUUCUCGAUGCAAAUGCUUAUACAUUUUCCAUCAAGGCAUUCAGUAUCUGACGUUACAGUUUCGUUCACGCUGCAUUUGUUAACUUGAUUUCAAUUGUAAUCAAGUUUAUGUAAUUUUGAACGUCAAACUUUGUCAGCCGUUGCCUUGUUGCUCUCGAUGAGUAUUCAGACAUGCGGAGAAUACUGGAUUCGAGUUUCUGGUGGAUCGUGCCCUUAAUUUUUUCAACCUUGACGAAACCUACGGACAGUCACCCUGCUCCACAGGGUGGCCAGCCCGGAUCGGUGGGACAGAAGGCUCAUGGGAACCAUGGCAUGAGGAGGGAGAGGAGAGCUACAGGAGAUCACUACUGGGCAUAUUCAGGGAGCCAUGGGCCAGGGCACUGGGCCUUAACCUACCCAGAGUGUGGGGAGACUUACCAGUCACCUGUGGACAUUGUAGACGGGGAGGCCCACCUGUCACAGGAGUGCCAGGAACUGACGCUGGAUGGUUUCUCUGAAGAGUCCUCCAACAGGACCUCCAUGAAGAACACUGGGAAGACAGUGGCCAUUAUGCUGAAGGAUGACUACUUUGUGAGGGGAGCGGGCCUGCCUGGGAGGUUUAAGGCAGAGAAGGUGGAGUUCCACUGGGGCCAGAACAACGGCUCUGAGGGCUCUGAACACGGCAUCAGCGGCAGGAGGUUCCCAGUGGAGAUGCAGAUCUACCUGUUUAACUCUGAUGAUUUUGAAAGCCUCAAUGCUGCCAUCAAGGAGAAACGCAUCAUAGCGGCCAUGGCAGUAUUCUUUGAGGUGGGGCGGAGAAACAAUCCAGCUGUGGACCCCAUCAUCCAGGGACUGAAGCGGGUCGUACACCAUGAGAAGGAGACAGUCCUCAGCUCGUUCAUCCUGAGGGACCUGCUGCCUUCCUCCCUGACCAGCUACUACCGCUACACAGGCUCUCUCACCACCCCGCCCUGCAGCAGGGUGGUGGAGUGGAUCAUCUUCUCCAGGCCUGUCUUCCUGUCCCACUCACAGCUGGAGGCCUUCUACUCCAUCUUCACCACAGAACAGCAGGACCACGUCAAGUCUGUGGAGUACCUGAGGAACAACUACAGACCCCUGCAGCACCUGGACAGCCGAAAGCUCUUCAAGUCCUCUGUGAAGGACGCCUGGCAGAGGGACCUGACAGACGUUCUGCUGAAUCCCCACGCCACUGAGGCCACCAGAGGUACAAAGGGUUACACCUCACUCACUCAACGUACCACUUGCAGUGUAUUCAUGAAGCCUACCCUUCAUCCAUUUGUCGUAUACAUGCGCGUGUCAGAGCUGUGAUUCCAGCUGUAGCGC